AUGGAGCAAAUGAACUUAGGUACCCCAAAUAAUUCAGGACCUUCAAGUCCGGCCACAACUCCUACAGGAUCACCUUAUUUACCUGCUUUUUUAUUAGGAGAAUCACAAUCACCAAUAGCAGGUUCAACUAGUCCUAAAAACAAAAGAGUUCAUUUUAGCGAUAAUCAUAGUACUGUUAAAGAUAAUGUUAGAAAUGAUCAUUCAAAUACUCAAUAUUUUUUAUCACAGAUAAUGAAUAAUCCUGGCUCUUUAAAUUCAUCAAUGCAGUGUAAUACAAAUGAAAAAAGUAAUGGUCCACCCAUUGUUGGACUUUUCGACACAAUAAAUUCCCCCCCUCUUGGAAACGAUUCGCAAUCAAAUGAUGUUCAACAAUAUGUCUCAACUUCACCCUUAAAAUCUUCAGAUUCGACGGAAAAUAAUUGGGUGACAGUUUUCGGUUAUCCUCCUUCUGCGGCUUCGUUCAUAUUAUCACAACUGGGACAUUGCGGAAACAUAAUUGCUACAAAAUCACCAGCUAAAGGAAAUUGGAUGCACAUUCAAUUUAGUUCUAAAAUAGAAGCGAGAAGAGCUUUAACAAAUAAUGGAAAAGUUUUUGCUAAUUCUGUAAUGAUAGGUGUCAUACCUUGUAGAGAUCAGGAAGUUAUAACAGAUUAUUCUAUAAAUAAAGAAAAUUUAAAUGCAUCAGUAUCAUAUACACCUACAUCUCCAUCUGUGUGUAGUCCAAGAAACAGAUUAUAUCCAGAUUUAAAUGGAACAUAUAAUAAUAAUACAUCUAUUUAUGAAAGUCCCAUUUCGAGUCCAACAAGACAUUCCAAUUUAAGGUCUUUGCAAAGCAGAGUGGGAGACACAGAAGUUUAUAGUAGUGGAAACACACCUCAAAAAAAUACAGGAUUGGUUGCUAAAGCUAUGGAAUAUGUUUUCGGAUGGUAA